CUUUUAAAAAAUGUUUUCUGUAUGAACGCUCCGCUGCACAUCUGCACUGAUCAACGGAUCUUCUGUCAAAAGUCUGCGCUAGAAACGAUCAAAGCUAGCUACACAAGUUACAGCCGGCGAGAAUGAACUACACGUACUGAAAACAAUCAAAUCAGGGGUCAUUAUAGGGCUGGAGUUCUGAGAUGACGCCCCAGUAACGAUGCCAACGUGCCGUCUGCCCUAGAUUGACAUAAGUAUGGCUACAGCAAAGAAGAGCUCGUCCUCAAAGGCUGGGGGAGUGCGCUUCUCGGAGGAGGGGGCCGGGCCCGGCGCCCCCUCCCACGUCCACUUCGAUGACAAGCUGCACGACUCUGUCGUCAUGGUGAUACCUGAAGCGGAUGGGAACUUCCUGGUCAAGGUGGGCUUCCUGAAGAUCCAGCACAAGUACGAGAUCGUGUUCACGCUCCCCCCGGUCCCGGUGCUGGGAAAGGACGUGUGCCCCGCGCCCGUGCCCAACCCCCACCUCAGAGUCACCGACAUCAAGCUGCUGCCCGACGGCGGCCUGAGGGUGACCUGCGAGUACAUGGCCCACCAGGAGGGGGUGCUGCGCGAGGAGAUGAUGCUGCUGAGCGAGAGCAAAGAGGAGGCAUGCCUGCGGGUUCGAGUCCAGGCCCGCGUCAUGGACCGGCACCACGGCACUCCCAUGCUGCUGGAAGGAGUACGCUGUGUGGGGGUGGAGCUGGAGUACGACUCUGAGCAGAGUGACUGGCAAGGGUUCGACUAGCACGGCCCCUCCCCAUCCACGCAGUCUCUCUCUGUGUCUCACACACACGCCGUCUCACUCACACAUACACACACACACGCUAUCUCAU